CACCCAGCGUAUGAAUCAAAAAAAAGGUGUUUGUAAUCGAUUUUCCGCCCUACACUACGAAACCCAACCCGGUCUCGGGAUCAGAUCAUGACGUCCUCGCCGGUGCUAUCUCUCUUUUCCCUGCAGGGCAAAACAGCCCUUGUGACAGGCGGCACCCGCGGAAUUGGGCAGGCGAUGGCCCAAGCGUUAGCUGAAGCGGGAGCCGAUAUCAUCCUUGUCCAAAGGGAUGAAAGCAACACAACGACUCGCGAUGCGAUAGUACAGAAGACCGGAAGAAAGGUCACCAUCCAUGUUGCCGAGCUGUCCGAUCGAGAGGCGGUGGCCCAAGUGAUACCAUCGAUUGUGAAAUGCGGUCAACAUGUGGACAUUCUGCUGAACUGUGCGGGAAUCCAGCGAAGGCACCCAGCUGAGAAGUUCCCGGAUGCGGAUUGGGAUGAGGUUCUCCAGGUAAACCUGACCUCGGUGUUCACCCUUUGCCGGGAGUUUGGGGCAUAUCUCUUAUCUCGUGAUGCAUCGACGUUCCAGUCCGAUCGACGAGGGGCCAUCAUCAACGUCGCAUCCCUGCUCUCAUUCCAAGGGGGAAUCACAGUCACCGCGUAUGCCGCGUCCAAGGGCGGAGUGGCGCAGUUGACCAAAGCGCUCUCAAACGAGUGGGCAUCUCGGGGGAUCUCGGUCAACGCAAUCGCACCGGGAUACGUCGACACGGAGAUGAACACGGCUCUUAUCAACGAUGCGGCGCGCAACGAUGGGAUUAUGGCCCGUAUACCGGCCGGGAGGUGGGGUAAACCUGAGGAUUUCAAGGGCGUGGUCGUGUUUCUUGCCAGCGAAGCCAGUGCGUAUGUCUCCGGGGAGAUUAUCUGUGUCGACGGCGGAUGGAUGGGCCGGUGAUCAUCCCCGGCCUGUCUGUGAUUGUCAGGCAAUGAGGAGGGUUCAGUGAAGGAGGACACCUGGAGGAAAUUGUCUUUCGCUCGGCUUGACUGCCGGUUGUUAACUACGUGGACCAGUGGGAUAUCGUUUUCAGGAAGAGAUUGUAGUGUUCGGUUUCAACUC